AUGUCUACACACAGGAAGUCAGUUGCUUUCAGCGACGAGCAUAUAGUUGUUGCCUCAAACGGGGAAGUGACAGAAGUCAACGGAAAAGGGACACCGGACAAAACAUCUGCAGAAAGUCACAGCGUCGACUCUCCAGAUCCAGCACCAGCCAAAGAUCCUGCAGUCGACGAAGUCACAGACCUCUUCAAAGGCUUAGGCAAGAAAAAGAAGUCCUCGAAGAAGCCCAAGGAUGAGGCACUAGAGGGUGGCGACGAAGCUACACCAGCUGCUGAUGGCGAAUUUGAUCCAACAGCCCUCAAGAAAAAGAAGAAGAAGAAGCCCGCCAAAGCCGCAGAGGCUGAUGACUUUGAGGCGAAAUUAGCUGAAGCCGGUGUGAACGAGAACGAAGAGCUUGACGCGGACGCAAAAGCUGCGCCGCAAGAAGAAAAAGGAGAGGGAGGGGAAUUGGAUGGCGAUAUGGUUGCAGGAACUGGUAUCUGGAGCCACGACGAGGAAAAGCCCAUCAAAUACGACAAACUCCUCGAACGCUUCUUCGCACAUCUACACAGCGCACAUCCGGAUCUGCUGUCGAGCGGCUCGAAAAGCUACGUUAUUCCGCCACCGCAAUGUCUACGUGAAGGAAACAAGAAGACCAUCUUUGCCAAUAUCCCAGACAUCUGCAAGAGGAUGAAGAGAAGUGAGGAGCAUGUCAUGCAGUUUAUAUUCGCUGAAUUGGGGACGAGCGGCAGUGUGGAUGGAUCCAGGAGGUUGGUGAUCAAGGGAAGGUUCCAGCAGAAGCAGAUCGAGAAUGUUUUGCGGAGAUAUAUCGGCGAAUACGUUUCCUGCAAAACAUGCAGGUCUCCUGACACGGAACUCAGCAAGGGUGAGAACCGUCUGUACUUCGUCACUUGCAACUCCUGCGGCAGCAGACGUUCAGUCACGGCUAUUAAGACUGGUUACUCAGCUCAAGUUGGGAAGAGAAAGAGGCAGCAGACAUGA